AUGCUUCGCAAUUGUUUCAGGCUGGGUUCCUUGAUAGCCUUGCUAGUUACCUCGACGCUUUCGACACAACAGAUUUUGUCUUCAGAGCCACUUACCGAAGCAACAGAAGGUAAUGCUCAGUUGAGCCUGAACUCGACAUGGCAGGUUCUCGGACCGUUCCCUGCUGGUAUGAGGGAGCUGCCUUUUGGUGGGUUUCCUCCAUCAGUAUCCUCAAGCUAUGCAGAUCUUCUAGAUUCCAACCGUGCCGCGAACCGACACUUUUCCACAUACGGGCCCACCAAUGCUACCACUAUCCUGAAGUCAGAAUCAGCUCAAGUCCAGCUUCAAGAUCCUAAUCAUGUCAAGCAGUCGCUCACAGUCGAGUACACGGACGUGGACUGGCCAUGGGCCCGCAAGAGCGCCGGUUGGUCUUCACUCCAGUGGCAGAUGAUCGCAUCGACGGACCUCGACAUUGAUCGAGACAGUACUGCUGUUGCUAUCUCGAUGGACAAGACUGCCGAGUUUGCAGUAAUACCGAAGGCAGAUUUCGGGGCGAACGCUACUCGACGGUCUGGUCUGAAUACAGAAGCAAUCGAAUGGCAUACGGGAGACUGGUACUCGUACAUCGCAGCAUUCUCCAAAGAAGACAAAGCUGCUCCGGACGUCCCAAUCUCGCACCACCUCCUUCAUCUUGACAAAGGGUCAUACAAGCUACUAGCCCGAUCCAUGUACGAGAUUCGCAUCUUUGGUGACCCGAGAAACAACGGUGGUGCCGAAAGCCCCAAAAUGACCAUUGGCAUCGACGUCGCUGCCUGCAUUCCGCAGAAUACAGUUCAGGAGGAUCUUCUCGAAGUGCACACUGAUCCACACCAUAGCAACGUACCUCACGUGGUCGGAGGCUGGAUCGCUGGUGUAGGACUGACAUUUGCUGUUCGAAACCUGGCUUCGAAGCGCACAUUCACACUUGAAAGCAUUGAGGUGACAGAAUUGACGCCGCAGACCGCGUCUCCUCGUCUUGUAGCAGAGCUAGGACACAAGCUUACAGUAGCGCCUGCGCAGACGGUCCUCGUUCCUGUCAUCAUUAAUCAGAGCGCUGCACUAGACUCAGACACAGCUCUCCUGGGAUUCACCCUUCGUCUCAGCUCCUCGUCGGAGUCUGCUUCGGAAUGGAUCAGCAAAUCCGUCCGCAUCCCGCUCAUACACAAGCCAGCAUUUUGGGAAGCAACAAGCAGCGCCGAUGAUCACAAUGCGUAUAUAUACAGCUACCUCGCUGCAGAUAGUACCGUCCAGCUGGCGGCCGCCACACCUCCCAAGCUAGCUGGAAGAUCAGCGACACGGACUGGACCCCUGCCACCUUUGAUCCUGACGCUGCAUGGAGCCGGUGUGGAUCUUCGCGAUCUCUUCUUCAGCAACAGUAUUCGACGACAGGAGGAUAGCUGGUCAAUUCUGCCCACUGGUCGAACGCCUUGGGGUUAUGAUUGGCAGCUCGCCUCCUUUCAAGCUGCCGAUGCCGCCGUCAAUGCCUUUCACGAGCACUUGUACGGAUUACCAGCUACUAUGUCAGAAGAGGAGCGUCAACGAUGGCAAUUCGAUCCAGAGAAGCUCUUCAUCAUGGGUCACUCGAACGGGGGUCAAGGUGCUUGGUAUCGACUGUCUCGCUUCCCUGACCGAGUUAUCGGAGGCAUGGUCGGAUCGGCAUAUACAAAGGUGUCAGACUAUGUGUCGUUCGGCUGGAAAGUCGGAAGGCACUUUGUCGACCCUACAUUGCAAGGCCUUCUGCAUAGUGGAGUGACCAUGUUCGAAAACGACUUGUAUGCAAGCAACCUGGCAGGUUUAGAUCUGUUGGUCAAGUAUGGCUCUGCAGAUGCAAAUGUUCCGCCUUGGAACUCGAAGGAUAUGGCGAUGGUGGUUGACGGCUGGAACCGUCGAUCAGGACUUGUGGGUAAGGUCAAGAUCGCAGAAGUACCUGGCAAACCGCAUUGGUGGGAUACGUUCUUCUCAGAAGAUGACGUGCAGGAAGCCAUCGAGUCGGCCUGCUUAUCGAGAAAGAACCCCGACUACAAGAUGCCAGAUGUCCCGCGGAGCUUUACAUUGACAGUGUUCAACCCGGCUGAAGCGGGUUCGAAAGGAGGAUGGAAGAUCAGCGAGGUUGAUGUUCCUGGACGUCUUGCGAAGCUGAAAGUGCACUACGAGGAACAGAGCUCGGAAGACGCGGGACGAGCUUACAGCGCACACGUAAGUGUGGUGUCAAGGAACACAAAGAGGAUCGAGCUCGACUUGAACCUGCUUCUUCGUACAAACGGCAUCGCGGGCUUGCUUGCCAACGCUACCACCAUCAAGGUCUCGCUCAACGGGCAAUUCAACGAGGUAGACAUCGGUAACACCAACAAAAUUCAUUUCCAGCAAGGCUACGAUGGACAGUGGUGCGCUCUGUCCGACGGAGAACUUUCUGCGACUUCGACACGACCUCGUCCGAUAGGUCCCUUGUUACGCAUUGUGUCGUCUGAAGGACCUGUGCUGCUGAUCGUGCCUACAGAUGGGCCAAAAGUGGAAGUCGCAGCAUGGAAACGAGUUGCUCAACGCUUUGCAAACGAUCUGCUUCUAUAUGGAGCCAUCAAUUCGCAGAUCAUCGCCGAUGCAGACUUUGUCUCAAAGGGCGUCGGCGAGGGUCUGCAGCGAAGCAACAUCGUCACCCUUGGUGGGCCUCAGAUCAACAGCCACACCCGGUCAGUCUUUGACAGCUGGCCUUCAAAGAGCCCGAUUCACUUCCCUGCACCAUCUUCAUCAGCACAAUUCGACAUUCAAGGUCGAUCCUUCUACAAGAACGGAACUGCUCUGCUCACGCUGGCGCCGCACCCAACCUAUGCAAAGGGGCUUACAUUGGUCGUCCACGGCAUCGGUGCUCAGGGUAUCUCGAGAGCUGCUCGACUGCUGCCGACCAGGACAGCGACUAUGACUCCUGAGUAUAUCGUGACUGACCACACAGCGGAAUGGAUGGGUGAAGGCGGAGUUCAGGCUGCUGGGUGGUACGAUAGCGAGUGGGGCUGGUCGGAGAGCAUGUCUUAUGUGCAGUAG